GCAGGCCCAAGUGUUACUUUUAUUUUGCAGCAAGUAGGCUUGCUCUAUUCAUUUAUAUAAGAAAAAGUUUAUAUAAGGUUGCAACUUUAAAAUGUAGAAUUAUAGAUUGAUCAUCUUGUAAAAAAGAUGUAUAAAUAUGAAGAAAUAAAAAGAUUUUGAGUUUCAGAAAUAGUGCAGUUUGCAACACAUUACAUUAUUUAAGCUGUCUAUUUUCAAGAUUUUUAUUUUUAAAUAUUUUUGAAGUUUAAAAUUUUAUAAUAAAAUAUAAAAAUAGAUUUUGAGAUUUUCUUUAGACCAAAUUUUCACGAUAAGGAUAAAAUUUGAAGGUGCGCCUUAAUUGGAUUACAGCAACCUUGUAGAAGCCAUACUCUAUAAUAUUGAAAAUUGUUGUGUGCUCGAACCUCUCCAACUAAAUAAUCCUAUCCAAUGGAUAGGAAAUUUGUUUUAAAAAAGUGUUUUAAAAUUUUAUUUUUUAUAUUCAUAAUCAUCAUUCAUAGUGUGUAGAUGAUGGAUAUCAACAAAUUUGGAUGCAAUAUUUAUAUAAAAAAUGGGCACACCAGAAUACUGUGGUCCGGAAAAAUGGGCACACGAUAACACUAUGUGUGGGGGGACUCAUAAAAACCGGGUCCAUAAAAUAUUAUCGUCUCAUUUUCUCUAAGUGGUGGUUCCUUGCACCUUCAGCCCUCCCGAUGGCUCUGCUUCUCUCACCAAGUACUGUUAAUGGCUGUCCCCGCUUUCACACAAGUCGUGCGUCUGAAAUUGGGUCACUGAAUUGCAUAUUUCCUAUUCCUUUUCCUGGUAAGUAUCAGAAGAAGAGGAGGAACAAUGGGUUUAUGCUAAGCAUGGUGCUGUCUACAAACUCGCUUUUGGACCAAAAUCGUUCAUUGUUGUAUCAGAUCCUAUUGUUGCCCGGCAUAUCCUUCGGGAAAAUGCGUUUAACUAUGACAAGAUAUCCUAGAGCCGAUAAUGGGAAAAGGACUUAUACCUGCAGAUCUUCAGACUUGGAAGAAGAGGAGGAGAGGUUACUAGAGAUGUGCACAUUAUUAGGCUUUUUCACUCAUGAAUUUCGUUCUCUCUGUAUAUACUUCAUCCUUAAUGAAAGGAUGAUCCGCUGCAAUAUGACAGCUCAUAACAACUUAUUUUCAGAAGUGAAGCAUCAAUCUUUGGAUCACAAAGCCCAGGAGUUACUGGCUAUUGUGCCUGGGUUUCAUGCAUUGUUUUUAGAAGCUAUGGUCAAGGUUUUUAGUAAAUGUUCAGAGAGCAUGGUGAUGAAGCUGGAAAAUAUGUAUCAAAUGGAAAAUUCUCCUGAAGGGCAUCUAAAGGUGGAUCUCGAAGCAGAGUUUUCUAGCUUGGCUCUCGACAUUAUUGGGUUGGGUGUCUUCAACUAUGACUUUGGCUCUGUCACAAAAGAAUCACCAAUCAUCAAGGCAGUCUAUGGUACUUUGUUUGAAGCUGAACAUCGCUCCACUUUCUAUGUUCCUUAUUGGAAGUUUCCUUUUGCAAGAUGGAUAGUUCCACGUCAGCGGAAGUUCCAUAGUGACCUCAAAGUUAUCAAUGAUUGUCUCGAUGAGCUCAUUUGCAAUGCAAAAGAAACAAGGCAGGAAAGAAGACAUGCACAAGUAGAGGAGGAGAAUGGGUGCAUGAACGAUGGAUCGUCCAAGACAAACAAUGAAACUGAUGUUGAGAAACUUCAACAAAGAGAUUACUCAACAUUAAAGGACGCAAGUUUGCUCAGGUUCUUUGUUGACAUGAGGGGAGAGGAUGUUGAUGAUCAGCAGCUUAGAGAUGAUCUCAUGACUAUGCUUAUAGCUGGACAUGAAACAACAGCAGCAGUUCUUACAUGGGCCGUUUUUCUACUUGCUCAACAUCCCUCAGAAAUGAAGAAAGCCCAAGCAGAGAUUGAUAAAGUUCUUGGAUCAACUGAGAUCACUAUUGAAUCUAUUAAGAAGUUAGAGUAUAUUCGGCUUAUUAUUGCAGAGACUCUUCGCUUGUUCCCUCAACCACCCCUACUUAUUAGACGCACACUGCGACUUGAUACUUUACCGGGAGGAUUUAAAGGAGAUAAAGAUGGAUAUGCGAUCCCAGCUGGAACUGAUAUCUUUAUUUCCGUAUACAACCUUCACAGAUCUCCCUAUUUUUGGGAGCAGCCACAUGAAUUUGAACCAGAAAGAUUCUUAGGACCCCGGAAAGGUGAAGGAAUUGAAGGAUGGGCUGGUUUCGACCCCAGCCGAAGCCCAGGAGCCCUGUACUCCAAUGAGAUUGUGGCAGAUUUCGCUUUCCUCCCUUUUGGUGGGGGACCCCGCAAAUGUGUGGGGGAUCAGUUCGCACUCAUGGAAUCGACAGUUGCGCUGGCCAUGCUGUUGCGCAAGUUUAAUGUGGAGCUGAGGGAUCCUCCGGAUCAAGUAGAGCUGGUCACGGGGGCCACCAUCCAUACCAAAGCUGGCCUGUGGUGCAACCUCAAGUUCAGGAGUGCAGCUCCUUUCGAUGUCACAUCCAAACCGUAGUAAACAGUUUAUGUGAAUGGUUUUUAAAUGUGACAAUACAACGCUUCUUUUCAUGAAUAA